UUAAUCCCAAUCGCAAUCCCAUUAGCCAACAAGAGAGAGUGAAGCUCUCACUUCUCACAUUCAGAUCAGUAAAAUGAUCGAACCCCAAAUUCGUUCUCUCUUCAUUCUUCUUCUGAUUUCAACUUCAACCCUUUUCUUCUUCAAUACCCAUUUCACAAUCUGUCUUGAGAUUUCAGAUAUGGGACCCAAUUCAUUCGCAACCAGUGAAUCGGACGCCAUUAUUAGUCUAUGUAAUGGAAAUGCGAGUGAGUGUUCAGCAUUGGAGAUCGAGGAAGUGGAGAUCGGCAUAAGGAGGAGGAGAGUGUUGAUGAUGGAGGAGGAGGAGGAGGAGGAGAGGAGGUAUAUAAGUUAUGCAACUUUGAAAAAGGAUGUGGUUCCAUGUAGAAGACCUGGAGCUUCUUAUUACAAUUGUAGAGCAGUUGAGGAUGAAGCAAAUCCAUACAACAGAGGCUGUGAGAUCAUCUCUGGAUGUGCCAGAAGCAUUAGUGGAGACGACCAACAUCCUUAAGAAGAAGAAUUAUGGAUUGAAAUUGAUUUGAUUUGUUUUGUUUUCUUGAAUUUGAUCAUAUCGUUAUUUUGAUUGUUUCUUUCCAUGUUUGUUUAUUGUAUGAGAUUGUAAUAGUAGGGUUUAUGCUGCCCUUCUCUUGUUUAUUAAAAUUGAUUAUUUGUUUGUGAAGUUAGGGUUGAAAGAUUUGAACUUUUAGUUAUAGACAAAUGUCCUUUUGUGCUUUC